AUGGCCUGCUACAACUCCUGCCGUCCCUGCGGACCCACCCCGCUGGCUAACAGCUGCAACGAGCCCUGUGCCCUGCAAUGCCAGGAUUCCCGCGUCAUCAUCAACCCUUCUCCUGUGCUGGUCACCAUGCCAGGACCCAUCAUGACCUCCUUCCCCCAGAACACCGUCGUCGGAUCCACCUCCUCGGCUGCCGUUGGCAGUGAACUCAAUGCCCAGGGACAGCCCAUCUCGGGUGGCUUUGGCUUUGGCCUUGGCUAUGGACUGGGAGGCCUGGGCUGCUAUGGCAGAAGGGGCGGUUACAUCUGCUAA